AGACGCAACUAAAUUGUUUUUAUGUCAUUUGUAUAUUGACAAAUUGAAGAAGCAUCAAACCUGUCAUCAAAUUUUGAUUCAUGUUAUGUUAUUAUACACAUGUCCUCGUUGUUUUUACAUGAGACUUUAUUUCCUAAAGUGAUUUAAAUGUAAUGAAAAUUUGCCAUAAAGUUUGGAAAACGGUGUCAAGAUAAAAUUUUGUUCCGAGUAAUUGAUCCAGCAUGUCGAAUUUUAGCAUAAGUUGUUUACCAGUAGAAACGCAAGCUUACAUAUUAAGUAAAUUAGAUGGAAGGACAUCUGCAGUUGCAAAGAAAGUUUGCACGUUAUGGAAUGAAAUAAUUACAGGUUUUGAGACAUGCAUGCAUUUUUGGAUGAGAUGUUGUUUGCGAGAAAUUCCCCCAUACACACUGGUUGAGCUGACGAGGCUGAUGCAGUUGUCUGGUGGAAGGGAGAGCACUCUUGUACAACAAGCUGCAGAUUGGAAGACUGCUGUAGAGAGUAAUCUCCACUGGAUGUAUUGGAAACAAGUCUAUGCAGAGUAUUGGAGAUAUAGAUAUAUUGAACAUGGUGUAGAGAAAAGAAUAGAGUUGCAUUUCUAUCCAACACAUGGGCAAGUCAGGUGUCUGUAUGUUCAAGACAAUGUUAUAUAUGUGGGUCAUGAAAGUGGAGAAGUGAUCAGUUGGAGGAACAUGGAGGACAAUCUAGAGUUCCGAGUGUUGUAUAAACAUCAUCGGAGAGUCACGGACAUUACUGGCCUAGAUAUGGUGAUGCCAACAAAAGAUAUUUUGAAUGGAGAGUUUGUCAAUAAGAUUGUUAGUUCAUCAAUGGAUACCAGACUGAUUCUAUAUAAUUUAAACACAAAGAAAUCCAACACUAUCCAACAUUACAGUAAACAAGUCAACUGUGUCAGGUCAUGGGGUCAUCAUUUUGUUGCUGCAGCAGACAGAAGUAUACUGCAAGGCCAGCCUAUAUGGAGAUCUUCACACAGAUCAACCACUGAUACUAAGAAGCUAUGUACUGUCUUUAGUCAAUCAAUUGCGGACAUGACAGCUGUUGCGUUCUGGGAAGAUACAGUAGUAGCAGGUGACUUGUUUGGGAGCUUAUAUACAUGGAGUGAUUGUCUAGGUUGUGAUCAGCAAGACAAACAAGAUAUGACCUACAUAACAAACCUUGGCUCUUGUAUUAAAUCUAUCUUUCUACUUGGAAAAAGGAUUAUCUGUUACACAAGUGAUGGUUUUCUCAAUGUGAGUAAAGAUAAGGAAGAUGUAUUUGAGGCACACAAUAUAUACAAGUGUUUAUAUAAAACACCAGAAUGUGUUGCCUACAAGGGUUCAGUGCUGGCCAUUGGAUGCAGAUUUGGUGCUGUAUACCUGUACCAUCUUCCCCUAGACAAGGAUUGGAAUUGUCUGAAUAUAGCCAAGCCCACAAGGGUCAUCCAGACGUCACAAGAACAUAUUCAUGCUCUAGCUAUAGAUGACGAUGGUGAUGGACCAUUUAUUGUCAUAGCAACAGAAAGUUACUCAAUCUUGAUCGUACAAUUUAGAAGGCAUAAUGUGAUGUUACAGACAACAACAAGCCAUGUCCGGGAACGGUGACGGCUUUUGUUGCCGUCUGCUUUGCUCAAGUGAUAUUUAUGUGCAAUUACAUUCCACUCACAUUUUAAGAAGUCUUUCUUGAUACAACCUUUUGGGGUAUCCUACUUAAUUUUAGGAACAUUUUUUAUUUUGAAAUCUUGUGUUUUGGAAAAGUUACAAUUUUGAAGAGUAAUGUUUUCCGUUUAUUGUGCUUCUGGGAAUAUUUGUGUUCAGGUGUCAAUUUGUGGUUCCUUCAAUCCAACCCUCCUUCCACCACACUUUUUUUCCAUUUUUCAAUUGUGACUUUUCUUAUUAAUUGAUAUUUUAGAUAUUUAGUACCUUCAUUUAUUGAUUGAUAUUCAAGCUCCUUAACCUGUUUAAAUUUCUGUGGAUUUGCCCUGGAAUUGGAAUGGGGCAUUCAGAGUUUUAAGGAUUUCAAUUUCAAAAUACAAAAAUCAUUAGAGCUUCAUGUACCAAGAGUUUAGAGCCUGGUGUCU